AUGCUCGUGAGACCCCGAGAGUCAGCUACACCGCCACGUACUCCUGAGCCGCCGUAUGUGUUCAACACUGCAGACGGCCCUGUGUAUUCUUUAGCGGCGGUCAUCUGCCAUCAUGGGGAUUCGUUACUCAGUGGUCACUAUUCCACAUUCGCUUUAGACGCUACUAGACGAGAGUGGUUGGAUUGCAAUGACAACGUGAUCACAAAGACUUCUGAGGUGGAAGUGAUAGAUAACUCAUCAUCAGUCGGCUACAUCUUUAUCUAUAAUCGCGUGGAAGAUCCUCAUAAG